UAUAAUGUCAAGUUAUGAACGAUGUUAUGAUUAUGUCUGUGUAACUCAAUGUCAUUAUUGUACAUUUUUCAUACACUGUCUCAGUCUGAUAAAAUUUAGGCCUUUUCGAUUAAAAAUUUAUGAAAACCAAAAUGUAUACAUGUAGGCCAGGAUAGUUAAUUGCCUAGCACAAAAAAGGCAAGGGUUGGAUGGCUUCCAACCAAUUAUAGGAGGAACAAUCUGAAUUUAUUCUUGCACCUAGAAAUUACUGAAACAUGUUACUGAACAUUUAGCAUUCCCAAACUGUAACAGUUGGAUAGGCCUGAUACUGGAAAUAGAGAGAGAAAUGGGGUUUAACGUCCUUUCGACACAAAAUACAAAAGAAGUUGCAGGCAAAAACAAAUUCAACAAAGAUGGCACUUCCAUGGAAAAUAUCACGUAAAACGGCAGAAAUGGGAGUUGGCAUUAUUCUGCGAACUCCAGCUUUAUUCAUUCUAGAAGUCUGGUAUAAAACUGAUCCAUUAAAAACAUUUGAAGUUACAAGUGAUACAGAAAUAAUAAUACCUGUUAUAUAUCAUUUAGUAUUUGUUCUUGCUAUAGCUAUAGCCACCCUGCCAUUAAAACAGUUAGUGACGUUUUAUAUGUAUCUUGUAAGCUGUAUCAUGUUACUAGGCUCUUAUCUUCUCUCUUCAUUGUUUGUUGAAAAUGAAAGUCAAGAAGCUGAAGCCUUGAGUCUGACAACUUUAUUUGAGAACAGACAAACUUUAGAAAGAAUGGUACUACAUCUGUUAGCUCAGUGCUUUAUUUCAGCAUUAAUUGCUUAUCUUGUAGACAUGAAUAAUUGGGCUAAAUUUCUUUUGCUCAUCUUUACAACACCUGUAUUCGCUCGUUUGACCGGUUUCCCAACUGAUUUGCUCUAUGUCGUACAUAACUUUGCCUCCGUGUUUACUUCUUUGAUGGUUUUAUUUUAUUUAUUCAACAAUUUAGGAAAUAUCAUAGAUAUUUGUAAAGAUGGCAUAAAUCAAGUAUAUUUUGCAGUGAAAACUUUUGGGCCUAUCCCUGUGGCCCUAACAUUUUGGCACUCUGUGGCCCUACCAAUUCAGUUGUUGUUGUUCUGGACAUUAAUGUUUACAAGUCAGCUAUAUACGUAUUUUACCGCGGAUAAAGGGCGAUUCUACGAUGAUGGGUGGCUGGUAUUAAUAUUAGCUGGACUCGGAGAAUGUUGCGCCACUCCCGUCAGUUUGUUCGCAUUUUGUGUGACCAUAUCAUAUACCUCGUACGGCAUAUUGACUUUAACGAAAUUUUAUUUACAAGGAUGGGAAGCACACCCCCUGGAAAACGAUGCCGCACGAGGUUGGACUGAAGGGUUUACAAUGUUGUUGAUUGCUGUGCAGACGGAUCUGUUAGAUUUAACACCGAUGCAGAGAGCUUUUUUGAUGAGCAUUUUACUUUUUAUUGUGUUAUCGUCCCUGAUUCAGUCAAUGUACGAGAUAGCUGAUCCAGUUCUUUUAUCAUUAAGUGCCUCUCAUAAUCGACGAUAUUUUAGACACGUCCGCGCCGUCGCACUCUGUACAUUUUUGUGGAUAUUUCCACUGUUUAUGAGCUACAUGAUUUGUCAGUAUUUUGAUUUAGACUUUUGGUUAAUGGUAAUUAUAUCCAGUUGUUUGUUAACUUCCGUUCAAGUCAUUGGAUCGCUGGUUGUUUAUUCGUUGUUCAUAUACGACUCGUUACGCAGCGAACCGUGGGAAUCACUCGAUGACGUCAUUUACUGGGCACGCUCUUGUACACGUGUUUUGGAAUUCCUUGUAGCAGUGUUUGUAGUGUGCUAUGGUUUAAAAGAAUCGUUGCUGGGGGAGUGGAGUUGGGUAAAUUCUUCAAUUCUCUUAAUUCAUUGUUAUUUCAACGUUUGGCAAAGACUCCAAAGUGGAUGGAAAAGUUUCCUUUUGCGGUGGGAGGCCGUGAAAAAAGUUGAAUCAUUACCACUAGCCACUCAAGAACAACUGGAGCAAUUCAAUGAUGUGUGUUCAAUAUGUUUCCAAGAAAUGAAAUCAGCUAGAAUAACAUAUUGUAAACAUUAUUUCCACGGUGUGUGUUUGAGAAAAUGGUUGUAUGUAAAAGAAUCUUGCCCUAUGUGUCAUCAGCAUAUUACCGGACCAACGCCGACUACAGAUACAAGUUCACAUCAACAGGACCCAAACGACAAUGUACAAAACAAUGACAUUGAUGACGGUGAUGGGCUUAAUCAAGGCUUUCAGCUAAUAAAUGACAGCGAAUCCGAUGAAUCAAACUCGGACAGUGAUAUCUAAUUUAUUAAUGAUAAACUCAUAAUGGACAGAACAACACCUCCAUUGCAAUGUUAACGCCCUACUGCAUCAUUCUGGAUUAUGAAUAUAUAUAAUAAUAAUUACUGGUUUAUUAACAUGCAACGUUCUGACGAUUGUAUUAAGGGCUUUAUCAAUUGCUGGAUAAAUCUGAAAGUACCAUCGUCGAAACAUAGCGUGUUUCUAAACCAGUGCACGUUGUUCCAUAUACAUGUAUAUGUUCUAGUCUAUACAUUGUCUUCUACAGAUAUAUUUUAAAAAAUGGGCUUACUUGUAGGACAUUUUUCUGUUGGGAAUUAAAUCAUACAUUAUUGAAAUGCCACCUGCAAUGAAUACAAAGCGAAACCGAGCAAAACGUCAAAGAAUGGCAUAAAAACUACGACUUUGGAUUACAACAUAAGAAAUUAAACUAAGAUACUCAAUGAGAGAUUUAGAUGUAAAGUAAAUUUUAUUGCAUAAGAACACCUACGGGGUGUAGAGAGGCCCCACUUAUGAAGCCCCUACUAACAACCACCCUCACGACUAGAGGACGAUAAAAGUGUGUUUUGAACACAAGUGUGCAAAGUCGAGGAUUAUUAAGAAUACUGUACAUGCCGUGUAAGAUGGACGUAUGCCAUUGUCAAAAGUGUUAUACCCCUUUGUCGGAGGCCUCCUUAAAUACGGAGGCCCUAGGUUUCAGCCCACCAAGCCUUAGGUAAAUCCGGCACUGGAGGUACUAAACCAUUAUUGACAGACUUACAGGAUUUUAUAGUAGAGUAUUUGACACAAUAAAACCCACAAACUAUGUUUUAAUAACUAACCAUAUUGUGUAAGACUAACUUCGUUUAUAUUGUCCCUUAUUGGCAGUAAAUACAGUAUAUAUAAUUAAAGCUUCAAAAUUGAGAGAGUCAAAAUCACAGUACUGAGAUAUUAACAGCGAAUCAGACUGUAAAACAACGACAAUAUUUCUGAACGAAAGAUUUAACCAGUGCUUACAGCUUCUAAACCGCUUUGAUAAAUCGAACAUUUUUGUUCUUUCAAUCGUUGUCUGUUUAAAUGUUUUUUGCAGAAUAAAAAGCAACUACUUGUUUUUUUUUCACACCCGUUAUAUUUAUUAAAAUAAACAAAGAAAUAUUGAAUCUUUAAAAUAUUACUUUUAGUAAUCAAAUUAUUCGGCAUUUCUUGGUGCUAGCCCCCGAAGUGUAAUAUGCAGUUCAAAAUUGC